AAGAUAGCUCUGGAUUUCACUCCCUCUGCUGGCCGCUGCAAUAAAAAACUCUUAUCUUCAUCUCUUCUCAGUUCUCACUCGUCACUCGAGAGGGAGGAAAAGAGAAAAGAGCAAGCGACUGAGCGAGCGAUAGAAGAACAGAAGAAAAAUAGAAAAGGGAGAAGAAGAUGGCCGCGAUACCGGGGAUUGGUCUCUCAUGGCGGUCAAAGGUCUCUCAGAGACCCUCUUUGAACCCACCUCGAUCUUCGCCUCGUCGCGCCUCUUCUCAAAUUAAAGUGGCACUUUCGGUUGAGAAGAAGACUUUCACGCUUCAGAAGUCUGAAGAAAUCUUUACUGCCGCCAAGGAUUUGAUGCCUGGAGGUGUAAAUUCUCCUGUCCGUGCUUUCAAAUCAGUUGGUGGACAACCCAUUGUGAUCGAUUCUGUGAAGGGUUCUCACAUGUGGGACGUUGACGGUAACGAGUACAUUGACUAUGUUGGUUCAUGGGGUCCAGCAAUCAUAGGUCAUGCAGAUGACGAGGUGCUUGCAGCCUUGGCUGAGACAAUGAAGAAAGGAACAAGCUUCGGUGCUCCAUGUAUUCUAGAGAAUGUGCUGGCAGAAAUGGUGAUAUCAGCUGUUCCUAGCAUUGAGAUGGUGCGGUUUGUAAACUCAGGCACAGAAGCCUGCAUGGGUGUGCUCCGCCUAGCCCGUGCCUUCACUGGGAGGCCGAAGGUGAUAAAAUUCGAGGGUUGCUACCAUGGCCAUGCUGACCCAUUCCUUGUCAAAGCUGGCAGUGGAGUCGCAACCCUUGGGCUCCCUGACUCCCCUGGGGUCCCAAAAGCUGCUACCAUUGAUACCCUUACAUCUCCUUAUAAUGACGUCGUAACAGUGGAAAAGCUUUUUGAGACCCACAAAGGAGAAAUUGCUGCUGUUAUCCUUGAACCAGUAGUUGGAAAUUCUGGCUUCAUUACUCCCAAGCCUGAUUUCUUAAAUGCCCUUAGACAGAUAACAAAAGAAAAUGGUGCUCUCCUAAUAUUCGAUGAGGUAAUGACUGGAUUCCGUUUGGCUUAUGGUGGAGCUCAGGAGUAUUUUGGCAUAACUCCUGAUCUAACAACACUUGGGAAGAUUAUUGGAGGCGGCCUGCCUGUCGGUGCUUAUGGAGGGAGAAGGGAGAUUAUGGAAAUUGUGGCGCCAUCAGGGCCCAUGUACCAAGCAGGGACCUUGAGUGGGAAUCCAUUGGCAAUGACAGCUGGCAUCCACACACUUGAGCGGUUGAAGGAACCUGGAAGUUAUGAAUACUUGGAUAAGAUCACAGGAGAGCUCAUUCAGGGAAUUUUAGAUGCUGGUAAGAGAGCUGGGCAUGAGUUAUGCGGUGGACAUAUUAGUGGGAUGUUUGGUUUCUUCUUCACAGAAGGGCCGAUCUACAGUUUUGGGGAUGCAAAGAAGAGCGACACGGCAAAGUUUGCUAGGUUUUAUAGGGGAAUGUUGGAGGAAGGCGUGUACUUUGCUCCAUCACAGUUUGAGGCUGGAUUUACAAGCUUGGCUCAUACCUCUGAUGAUAUUCAACGGACUGUAGCUGCAGCUGAGAAGGUCUUCCAGCGGAUUUAGACAUUUAACUCCGCACUUUGCCCUCUUUAACUGAGAGCUGUUUCUUUGUCUUUUUUUGGUAGAAAUUGAGUUAUUUCUUCUGUAGCUUAGUUGUAACCUUUUCUGUAUCAUUCUAUCGUUUGUUUUACGGAUAGCGAGUGUAUGAGGCGGUUGCAUUCUGCAAGAUUAUAUGCACAACUGUUUUUAUAUAAAUCUGAGGCAAGUACUUGUUUGUUUA